UUGGGAGAUUCCGAGUUUGUUUCAUACGCUUUUCUGCAUUUGUGCCGUUCGUAUCCUACGCGCAGCUGUUGGCACAACCGCACCGAUCAUGCGCAUUUCAUUGUUCAGUUGGGUCUCGGAAAAUGGCGUCAGCUAAGUUUCUCGAGGAAGCUCUUAGUACGGAUGUCGAUGAAUCGGCUGUAAGUGCGAUUGUGGGCUCCUUAGAGAAUCAGCUGGUCACUUCGACACCCCAGGGACCUGGACAAACGGGCGCAACGUUGGUGCUUAAUCAAAACCACGUAAACAGUGCAAUAUCAAACGGCGGGACUGUUGCCCCACAGAAACAUGGGACUAUCGCCAACGGUGAUGCGAUCAGUGGCAGUGCUGUGAGUGUGAACGACGCCAGUAAACAAAUGACGAAUAAUGCGACGUUUAUAACGAGCUCGGCGGCGCAGACGGCCGCGGGGGCAGUGACCACGGGGGGGUACACGGGUAAUAUACAGGAUUCAAUCAAGCAGGAGGCGGUAAAGAUCGUCUAUUCUCAAAGUCAACCGACUGCGGUGGGUCAGGUUAUGUCGGGGCAAGGAGCAAUCAUCCAAAACAGAGUUUCAAUGUCGAAUCAGUCAUUGCCCAAUGGCACAAUAGGCCUUUCGCCCCAGACGGUACUCCAAACGACGCCGUCUAAUGUACAACAGUCUAAACAACCCACGAUAGUGCUAAAGACUACCGGGUCACCCGCGGGGGCUCCGGGCCUGGUAACUGUGCCCAUGAACGCGGUUACCUCUCCGAUGGCCCAGGCUAAUAACGUAGGUAGCCCUAGCACUCAAUCCCCAAAUAUCCUAUCCAAUAUCCAGGUUGUAAAUGUACGUCCUGGAAUUCCUACUCAGCAGCAGAAAGGUCAACCAGCUCGCGUAGUGCUUAGUGCACCUCAGUUAGUUGGGGCCCGAACUGGAGCUCCACAAUUAACUUUACAAUCGUUUCAUGGUUUACAACCUGGUCAGCAAGGGGCGUUGCUACUCAAAACCGAAAAUGGUCAGUACCAACUUUUGCGGGUGGGACCGGCCCCUCAGACCGCUAACCUUACAAAUUCGACUCAACCGGCUGGACAACCUGUUACUUUUCGCAUGCAAACUGUUCCUACGGCUGUAUCUAGCGCUAGCUCGAAUCCAGGCCAAGCUGGAGGAACGACAACAGUGACAUCUACCCAACCCAUCGUUCAGCAGACGCAACCCGUCCAGAGACCGGCGAACGACAAUACCAAAGAAAAAUGCCGCAAGUUCCUCGCGAACCUGCUAGAACUGUCCAGUAGGGAACCGAAAUCGGUCGAGAGAAACGUCAGGACGUUGAUCCAGGAACUCAUCGAUAACAAGGUGGAACCCGAAGAUUUUUGCGAUAAGCUGGAGAGGCUUCUAAACGCGUCACCUCAGCCGUGCCUCAUUGGAUUUCUAAAGAAAAGUCUGCCCCUUCUGCGUUAUUCCUUGGCCACCCAUGAGAUGACCAUCGAUGGUAUCAGACCGCCUCCUCCUGGAGUGGUUUUCUCUAUAGCCGGUGCUACUCCGACCGUUCAGACCGUCAGGCCUGCAGGAGUGGCUUCCAACCAGCAGGUACGCAUCGUGGGGCCCGGCGCGACGGUGGUGAGACCCGGGACUCCCGCGGUGCUCCAGCAGAGAUUGGUAACGCCCAUAAGGGCGCCCGUACAGCAACCGAGGAUGGUGACGGCGAUCCGACAACCGGGCACCGCGAUCUCCGGCACCUCACCAGGUAACACGGUGAUGGUGUCGAAUUCGCAACCGCCCGUGUUGCAUCCCGUGUACCCAGGGUCGGCCCCCUCCGUCAACCAACUGAAUCAGGUGCAACAGCAGAGACCUAGCGCCCCGAGGCCCGUCCAGGUCCGUCCGGCUGGACAAGGGCGACCUCUUCCCGCCCGCGCGCAGAUACCCAACCAAGGCAAGUUGCAAAGCGCGGGUGGGGGUAAAAUGGCGAAUGUGGCGGGAAGUAAGCCAGCUAUCGGAUCCGGAGCGAACAGGCCUAAUGCGAAAGAGAAAGAGAAGAAGAGUUUUUCGGCGGCUUAUGCGGGAGACGACGAUAUCAACGACGUGGCCGCGAUGGGCGGGGUCAAUCUCGCGGAGGAGACCCAAAAAAUUCUCGGCUCGACGGAAUUCGUCGGCACGCAGAUCCGGUCCUGCAAGGAGGAGAUUAUGUGCUCGAUGGGCCAGUUACAGCUCAAGAUUAGGAAAAUUAUGCAAAAUCACGGGCUGGACGAGCCGGCGACGGGCGACGUCGCGGCGUGCGUCUCUCACGCCGCCCAAGAGAGACUGAAGGACCUUAUCGAGAAGCUGGCCAUCAUCACCGAGCAUCGGCUGGAGAUGGUAAAGAGCGACAUGCGCUACGAAAUCACGAACGACGUGAAAGGUCAGCUGAAAUUCCUCGAGGACGUCGACAAGACGGAGAGGAAGAAACGCGAGGAGUUGGAACGGGAGAUGCUGCUCAGAGCGGCGAAGAGCCGCUCGAAAACGGAAGAUCCCGAGCAGGCCAAACUGAAGGCGAAAGCGAAAGAGAUGCAGCGCGUCGAGAUGGAAGAGCUGAGGCAGCGGGAGGCGAACGCUACCGCCCUCCAGGCGAUCGGGCCGCGGAAAAAACCGAGACUCGACGGCGAGGGUAUCGGCAACGCGCAGAUGAACGUGACGGGCACCAACAACAACCCCAGGAGCCAGAUGCCCCUGCGGCAACGGAUAAAGAAGGUAACGUUGAGGGACCUUCAGUUCCUGUUCGAGUCGGAAAAAGAUUUGUGCCGCGGCACGCUCCUGUUCAAGUCGUACCUUAAGUGAUGCUUGCUACUUGUUAGUGUUGUGAUAUUUGUUGGAGAUAACUUGGGUUUUGCGUACGGUCGCGUAGGUUUGCUAUCGGUGACCCGUUAAUGGCGAGGUUAGGGGACGAAGGGCGUGGCCGACUCUACGAGGCGGGAGUUUUUUUUUUUUUUCAUUUUUCAUUUACUUUAAUCUAACUUAAAUUACGUCAGACGUGGAAAAUUAAAGACGGUUUAAGCUUUUGGACCGUUUUACCUAAACGAUGAAUGAUGAGAUGAAUUCGAUAAAGGACAAAAAAUUGGAGAACCACAAUGAUAUCUCUCGCCUGGUUUGUUGCCUUGUAGUUGGCUGGUCCUUCGUUUACACAAACAUGAAGACUAAGUGUGAAUUUUAAGGGGGAACCACGGUAGUUUCGUCAAAAGUUUCGUUGCGGUUUAUUUGUACAUAUACAUAUAUAUAUACACCGUUGAUCUCGCAAAGCGCACUUAUCACCGAGCAAAUUGUAAUUUCGUGUUCUACUACCGGAGGGUCGUUAAAUUCGAAAAUUCUCACGCCAUUUAAAUGUUUUGUAUCAAAACAAUUCGCCAGUCGGGGAAAAAAAUUAAUCCUUAGAGGGUUGUGUGUGUGCGCGUCUGUGUGUAUGCGGUUAUGCCGAGGCCCUUUCUAAAUCAAAAUUUCUCGUCACGCGAGUUUGUGGGGACGGUGUUAUUCGUCGGUGGUCCAAAAAUAUAUGAACCCCUCGCGUUGCUAUUUUUUUUCUUCUUGGGGACCAAUACAUUAAAAAGCAAGAAAAAGUGAAGCGUCUUACCGUUGGUAACCGGUUUCGGGAGUUUUUAGUUUUUCCGACGAAUGCGGCCGUUUCCGGGAUAACACGUUCCCCGCAAAAGGACCGCGUAAUAUUGUUUCAUUCUUUUUAUUUCUAUUCCUUUCGUUGUUGAUUACUUGAUAAGGCGUUCGUCUUCGUGUAUAUAAAAAAGUAAGAAAAUAUAUUAUUGCAAAGUGGAAAAAAAUAAUAUGUUUUUUUUUUGUACUCCAAGUGUAAAUUGUAAAUAUUUGUAGAUUUUUCUAUAACGAUGGUCGUUUUCUUUAUAAGAAAAUAUUUUAAACAAGAAAUAUGUUAAUAUGUAAUUAGUUGUAUAAUUGUUUUCUUUUUAAUGUAACUACUGAAUAUAGAUAUAUAAUUUUUGUUA